UAGAACUGGUAGCUCCGCUAUAAGAGCGGGGACUCCUUUCCAUACACGAGGCUCGGAAGCGCUCAACUCAUGUUCAGAGUAUACAACCAAGGGACCCAGGAAUUUGAGGCGAGCGGUGCUGUGAUCAGGAAGCUUGAACACCAGCCGACCAGUCAUCUCUUGUCACUAUGCCAACCAUUGUUGUACUUGGGCAAGUCCCCGGUACCGGAGUUGCGAGGACAUGACUGACAGUUUGUUGAACGAUAGCGCCGGCGUGAGCGGCCUGACUUGCGCGCUCGAGCUGGCCAAGCAGAAAGGAAAUACCGUUACGGUGGUCGCGAAGCACAUGCCUGGCGACUAUGAUAUCGAGUACACAUCGCCAUGGGCCGGCGCAAACGUUCUACCGAUGGCCCUUAGUGACAACAGCCGGUGGGAGAGGAGGACAUGGCCUGUGUUGAGGCGACUCGCCGCAGAAGUACCCGAAGCCGGCCUUCACGUCCAGACUGCCCGCGUGCUCCGCCGUAAAAAGGAUGUGGCGAAGGGGUUCAAGGCCGUCCUCGCGGAUGGACUCUUCAUGCUCGACCCGUGGUACAAGGAGCUCAUGGAUAACUUCCGCGAGCUUCCCGCCAGCGAGCUGCCAGAGGGCAUGCACUCGGGCUGCGAGUUCACGUCGGUGUGCAUCAACACGGCCAUCUACCUCCCGUGGCUGGUUGGCCAGUGUGCCAGGCACGGCGUGCGGUUCAAACGGGCGGUCCUCAAACACAUCUCGGAAGCCGCGAACAUGAGCCACACGGGCCGUAAAGCCGACAUCAUCAUCAACGCCUCGGGCCUGCUGGCCUGCAGGCUCGGCGGCGUCAUGGACAAGACGGUGCACCCGGCGCGGGGGCAAAUCGUCGUCGUGCGCAACGAAGCCAAGUCCAUCAUGCCCACAAGCAGCGGGUGCGACGAUGGCGACGACGAAAUUAUGUACGUGAUGCAGCGGGCCCUGGGCGGCGGGACCGUCCUGGGCGGGACCUACACAAAGGACAAUUGGGACCCCAACCCGGACCCGAACAUCGCCGUGCGCAUCAUGAAGCGUGCCGUGGAGGCGCACCCCGAGUUGACGGACGGCAAGGGAAUCGAAGCGCUGAGCAUCAUUCGCCACGGCGUGGGGUUACGGCCGGUGCGUGAAGGCGGCGUGCGCAUUGAGAAGGAGCUGAUUGACGGGACCUGGGUGGUGCACAAUUAUGGCCAUGCUGGUUGGGGAUACCAGGGGAGCUAUGGGUGCGCUGAGAGGGUAGUGGAGCUGGUUGAUGAGAUUGUUGGCAGGUCGAAACGGACCUCAAAGCUUUGACUCUGUGUAUUGCGGUUAGAGAGUGCAAACACGACUAUGAUACAUGACCUAUAUGACUCUUAGCCAUCGGAACGAACUUGGGAACAAAGAUAUGAUCGGGUGUUCUCCAGUGUCUGUUGGUCUAUGACUUGGAACAGGUUGGAAUGAAACUGUCGGC